AUGGCAGCCGCCACUAGCUCCGCGUCCAAAUACCUCGCAACGCGCUGCCUCCGCAUGGCACCAUCGGCUCGAGCCUUUCCUUGCGCCCUCGCGUAUACGUCAACUGCAUCCGCCUCGCCAUGUUUCAUCGAACGCCGCAAUCCUCAACUCGACGCGCCCAAACGGCACUACGCACACAGCAGCGUUAAGCGGAAGGAUGAUGAGAGUGGGCACAAUCCGAAGCAAGCGGAAAGCUCCAAAGCAUCCAGCACGGGGAAAGAAGGAGAAACAACGAACGAAGGUGCUGAAGAUGAAGGCAUAUACUGGAACGAGUACCUCAUGUUCGGCGUACUCGCCAUACCCGCCACUGUCGGUAUAUGGUAUCUCUUGAAACCUCUCGGAAUCCUAGACCCGUUCAUUGGAGUCUCGAUGAUCAAGGAGAUGGAACCUAAGCAUGGAAAUCUGCGGGAGACAGAGGAGAGAUCAAAAUAUAAUUAA